CUCAGCGGAAAGUCCGCGCGGGUCAGUCAGGCUUUGGAGAGGGUCAGGCCAGCUUCGGAGCGGGCUUUGAAGGAGGCUUUGGAGCAGGUUUUGGGCUUUGGAGCGAGUUUGGAGCGGCUUUGGUGUUGGAGCAGGCGGAUCGAUCACGGAUCACGUCACUUUGCAAUAUCCAUCGGGAUGUUUCCUGGAAGUGGGCAGAUGGGCAGAGGUGGCUAUGCUCAAGCCUUUAUGAAGGAUAUGUCCCUCUCCAACUAUACAGAAUCUAAAGGAGCUCUUCCACCCUUAAACACUUACAACAAAUGUGAACAUGAAGAACAACCCAAAAGAUACAGACCAAAGUUCCAUACCAAGUGCAAAUGCAGCCCUCAAAUCCUCAUAGACCGGUAUAUGCAAGGAGAAAUGCAUCCUGUGACUUUACUCCAUCAACUUUCAGAGAUUUUACAGUUCCAGUUGGAAAUGAAAGAGACUGGAAGUGAACAAAACAUACAAUACUUUGUCUUUACAUUCUGUGUGCUUAUUGAUGGUGUUGAGUACAAACCUGGUGUUGGAUCUACAAAGAAGGAAGCUAGGAGAAAUGCAGCAGAGUUGGCUUUGGAAGGUCUGAUUCCCACUUUAGGAAAUUAUACCUCAGCCCUUCCAGAGAAAUCAGAUGUUCCUCCACCAAUGCCAGUGAAGGAGGUGUCUACUAUCUCACAAGUUUCUUGUAGUGCUAAUCGUGGGUUUUUCCGUUCUGAAAAUCUGCCGAUUCCUCAAGCUGUUAAAGAUCAGCUGACUAAACUUAUGAGCAACCAUCCGGAGUUCUCUAACUGUGCCGGAACCACUGCUGCAUUUGUCAUACAGACUGCCAAUGGAUGUGAAGUGGUUGCACUCGGCACUGGAAAUUACAACACAAGAGACAACACUCUUUCAAAUGGGAGGGUUGUGCAUGAUUCACAUGCAGUAGUGACAGCAAGAAGGUCACUUAUGAGGUAUUUGUACCGGCACCUGCUUAUCUUCUUCAGUAAAACGGCCAGCUUGACAGAGAAGUCCAUCUUCCAGAUGAACAGCAGCAGUGGUCUUCUGUCUCUGAAGAACGGCAUCACCCUCCAUCUUUAUAUGAACCAACUGCCCAAAGGAGUAGCACAGAUUCCCUCUAAUCUGCACCUGAAUCCUCAUUCCAUCACCACAGGGCAAGAUAAUUUUGAAAUGAGUUUGCAUCUGUCAAUGCAGGGCAAGGUGUUUUCUGUCUUCUCAUUUGCCUUUGAGCAAUCGACUUUUGAGAUGGUGAGCAUGUCAGCUACAGACAAAAUCACCCAAUGGCAAGUUCUAGGCUACCAGGGCGCCCUGCUGAGUCACUUCAUUGAACCUGUCUAUGUCCAAAACAUCCUUAUAGGAGAUUCUGCCUGCAAAGAAAUUCGAGGCUUGGAGUUCUCAGUGAGCCAACGAGUUGAGGGAAUCACUUCUCGUCUGCCAGUUUACUACUGUAUGGAGAGGCCCUGUAUCACUCUUGUUCCGCCUGUAGCCACUAGUGGGAUUGAUGGGUGUCAUUUGAAAAAUUGUGUUAACUGGAGUGCAGGAGACAGCCUACUGGAGGUCGUAGAUGGCAUUGAGGGAAAGACGAUUGAAGAAUCUCCAUUCAAAAGUGGCCCAGCAUUGGCAAGCCGCCUGUGCAAAGCCGCAAUGUUUCACCGCUUCAGGUUGGUUGCCAAGGAAGCACAGAGGCAAAACCUGCUGUCCACACGCUCCUAUAGAGAAGCCAAGAGGAUGGCAAAACCAUACCAGGAGGCAAAGGCUAUACUGAGGGAGUAUUUGUUACAGCAAGGACUUGGCUCUUGGCUGACUAAAUGCCCAGUUAGAGAGAACUUUAGCAUGUGAACAAAAUUUCUUAAAAAUUACAAAGUUUAUAGCUGUUGAUUUUCUGUGCAGGGUUAGGAGCAUGGGAGAAAAGCAUUAUUUUUCAAGCUUAAUUUGUAUCUGUUCAUAUUUCAAUUAAAAGUGUAUGAUGUAAUGUUUCUGGUAGGGAACUUGCUUGUCUCCAUAGAGCUGUUAUUGCUUUGCUGUUUGACUUGAAUGUUCAACAGUGUCAUUAAAGGGCCUGUAUUACGUUACAUUUGUGUUAUAAAGACGUUUCCUCUUAAAAAACAUA